UUAUAGCGGGACUGCGGCGACCAUUCUGACACUGGGGGGGAACUGAAUUGGUGUCACUGACAUCCCCAGUGACACCAAUACAGUGAUCAGUGCUAAUAAAAAGCACUGACAUUGUACUAAUGGCACUGAGCAGGAAGGGGUUAACAUGUGAGGCGAUCAAAGGGUUAACUGUGUGCUGUUUUACUAUGUGGGCUGUGUGCACACUGUGGGCACACUGCUUUGUAUGGCUCUGCAUAUGGCCGCUUUGUAAAACUAUAUUUUGGGGGUAAAAAAAUGACAUAAAUGUAAUUUAUGUACAACGUUGCAUGACUGCGCAAUUGCCA